CUCACGUAUAUUUAUUCUAUAUCGUCGCAUAAUAAUCGGCUUAAACGUACAGCAAUUACAGUCUAAUUAUCAACAAGUUUCAGCCUGUUUUCGUAAUUAAUUUACUGUAUAAAUUCUUAAGUAAAUAUUUAAAUAUUUGUAUUCGUAUGCGAUCGAAAUUGUACUUUAUUAUCAGUUAUAUAGAGUGCAUUUUCGUUUGAGUGCGGUGAAUUUAGAAGCGAAUAUAAAAGAGUGAGUGGAGUUUAUCGUGCCUUUUGCGCGGUAGCGUGUUUAUUUUCUUAAUUGUGUGUCGCUGUGAUGUUUACGAUAACUAAAAAUGUGAGAAUAAGUGAUGGAGAUAAGGGCUCUGUUUUUAAGGGAUACUCCUUGUCUGUUAUAGUCAGCCUCCCAUUUUUCACACAUGGCGUGGAGAGCAACAACCUUACUAUAUCAGCCCAUGCCGGCCACUUCACUACGCCGGACACGGUUCCUUGGACGACCACAGCGCUCAUACUCGCGUCAAUAUUCAGUGGCUUAAUACAAAGUUAUUGUGUUGACAAAUUGGGAAGAAAGUUCGGUAUAUAUAUCGUUAUUCUCUUACAGGGGGCAUCAUGUAUACCACUCCUUUUAGAGCCAAGUGAAAUUGGAUCAAUAGUUCUACAUAUUCUUUCUGGAAUCUCCACUGCUGGUCUUUUUAUUUGUAUCCCAAUCUAUAUUAGAGAAAUAUCAGCCACCACAGGCCGAGGAACGGCAGUAGCUCUUAUUACAGCGAUGACGUCAGCGGGAUAUUUAGUAAGGUUCGGGCUUGAUGGUGAAAACGUUCUGUACCUGAUAGCUGCAAUGGUGAUGGUACAGUUUGUAUCACUUUUCUUAGUGAUCGAAUCGCCUAGCUACUUGGUGAAGACUGGAAAAAUUGAGGUGGCAAUAGCGAACAUGGCCAAGCUGAAAUGUCUGCCUGUCGACGACACGUACGUCCUACACGAGAUAAAACUACUGAAGGAGGAAAGUGAACGCGCAAAACCAAAUGAACGGCUAAGACUGUUAGACCUUUGGAGCAAUCGAAUAUGGCGAGACGAAAUGAAGAUUGGUCUAAUGUUGUACACAAUAACAAUUCUCAGUGGCUGCAUCAUAUUUCUGGACCAGGAGAAGACCCUCAUUCAACUUAAAAGCUCAGCGGACCCUGACAACAUUCUGGUGCCGGUCUGUCUGUUCACUGGGGCAUUGUUUUGUGUGAUUUUAAUAAGAUUAUUUGAGAGAAAAUAUCUCUUGACAUUUGCGUAUUCAGUGAUGACAUUAGCAAUGGGAACACUAGGUGUUUUUACGCAAGCUGAUCUCACUGUGACGUCACUGAGAUGGCUUCCAGUCGCAGCGUUGGGUGUUCUUGUCUUUGGAUAUGGCCUUGCAUGGGGCUUGCCAACGGUUAUCAUGGUGGAAAUGUUGAGCUUGGAGAUCCGAUCAACUGUACUAGGAAUUGUCUAUACUUACUCUCAAAUAAUCAGACUUAUACAUGUAUUCACAUUCGAAUAUUUGGAAAGUCAUAUAGGUAUAUAUACAUUAUUUUAUAUGUUUGCCUGUGUCAAUAUAUUCGGUACGAUUUACACAAUAUCAAGCGUGCCCAAGAUUAAGGACAAGAGCAUCAGACAGAUCGAGAAACAAAUGAAGAGAAUACCAUUGUUGAAUUUAUGAAUAAAUAUAUUAUAUAUUAGGCA